AUGAACUGGGGAUUUGGAGUAUCUAAAAAAAAUAUGCCCAAUAAUUUAUACUAUGUUUUUGUGGCCGUUUACUUGAUGUUGGUAAUUCAUGAACAGUUUAACACAUUCGGAGUGAAAUGUCAACAAACAGAUAUCCUGUUUAUUCGACAUGGGCGUUCUCGUGUUCGCCAUACAACUGAAAAAGAUCAUUUGCGUUGGGGCUUAAAAGCUCUUGAUAAUCUUACCUUAGCAUACGAUGAUAUGAUAGAUAUUGAAGGAAACAGUAAUGAAACACAAACAGAUACUUUUAAUUUUUUUGAUAUAAAUGGGACAACAACAGGAUUUUCAUUACUUAUUAACAAUAGUUCUAGUCAUAAUAAUAUAUCAUAUAAUGGCAGUGCAGCGAGUUUUCAAAUGAGCCAAUUAAGAGAACGUGAUUACUUUGAUUUGCAACAAUCGAUAGUACCUAUGAACGCAUUUUCAAAGAAUACUAGUUCGAGAAAAAAUAAUAUAGGAGUUGCAGAAACAAUAGCAACAAAAGUAUCGAAAAAGGUGGUGAAUAAUAAUAGGUACAUCGAGAAAAAAAUUGCAAAAAAGCGGAUUAUGGAAAAUAUUAAAAAAGACGUUGAUAAAGGUCUUGAAUACUUAAAAUCACAUAGAGAUAUCAUAGAUGCCACAGUGAGUUUGAUCGACAUAAAAAUUAAACGAAGCGAGUCAAUUUUAAAACUAAAAAAAGAGGAAAAAAGUCAACUAACAUCAAAUUCAAAAGUUUUGGUACCAAUUGGUAAUGAAGUAUCACAAACAACAUUUGCUAAUAAUAACGCUCAACCAAUUUCUAAAAGCGAUGUUGUGCUUCGUCAAAUAAUAUCUGAGCAACAAUCAAUAUUUUCCAAACUAAAACCAAAUAUAAAUAAUAUAAAUAAAAUAUCUGAUCACGAAAAAGUUACAAAUACAAUAAAUCAUCAUAAUAAAGAAUUAUAUUUUGAUUCAAGCACUUCUGUCACAUCUAUAAGUUCUAAAACCCAUGUAGAUACUAAAAAAAAAGAGAAAACUUUUCCUCUCAUUACCAAAGACAUUGAAUCGGUUUCUAAUGAAAAUAGUAUCGACGAGAUAACAUUUAUUAUGAAUGAUAUGGAAGAUUUAGAGGGUACUAAUUCGGCAUACCAAAUGGAAGAAAUCGGGUUGGAAGAUCUGGAUGAAGUUAGCAGAGAAAAUAGAAAAAACUUAAUUAAAGGACGUGAUGUUGUUACAACAUUUUUGCGUAUUGUGGAGAGUCAACAUUUGCUAGGAGCUAAUUGUACCGCAGGAACAGCACUUAAUUUAGGUGAAGGUGUAGUCGAUCGUUAUGCACAGGAUCGUUUCAGGGUGGAGGCUGAAAUUGCUGUUAAUCGUGCUAAUAUGCUCACAAGACUGUUUAAAAUUGCUCCUCUUGCUGUCCAAGAAUCUGAACAUUUAUUACAUACUUCGGUACUGUCUAUGGUUGAUUUUGACGAUAAUAUUUUUGCUGCAGGGCAUUGUUUUGAUUUAAAUGAGCAUCCCUAUUAUAAGGGAUUAUUUUGUCCUUUUGCCUAUCGUCUUCCGCCACCCGACCAGGACACCGUUCUCGUUAAGAAUUUGGCAGCCGAUUAUCCAUAUCUAAGUAAUACAUCAGAGUGGUUUUUUAAUGCUAGGAAAAAUGCAGAAAAAAUUAUUGAUAAAAAUCAACAAUUUACAAGAGCUAUUCAUUUGUACGCUAACAGUACUGAAAGAGUAGGAGAUGAAAUUCUUACUGUUAAGUAUGAAAAUGGUUUGUGGUCAAAACCAUACUAUGAUUGUGGUGGUGGCAAUAUAUGGAUGCUGACCUAUACAGUGCCAUUCUUCGGAUACGAAAAUGGAACCUAUCACUUUAAAGGUACUGCUGGAAUUGAUAUAGAUCUGCGUCGUGUUGAUAUAGAUCAGUGUCCACAAAAACUACCACCGCCUGGCACGACAAUUCCUUUAAACAUUUUUGCAGGAACUGAUAAAUGCAAACAACGAACAACAGAAUGUACUCCAGUGAAAGGAUUAGGAUUUCGUCGUGGUUCAUAUCGUUGUUUUUGUAAAAUAGGGUUCUACUUUCCAGACAUCUCAACCGACCAAAAAUAUUUUAACGGUAGUACAUUAGAAGAAGAAUAUGAAAAAUACAUGCUGGGUGAAGUCUCAACUUACGAUGAUGAUGCUUCGUAUGAAUGUUUACCAUGUACCGAGGGUUGUGAUCAUUGUAUCGAUGCAUCGCCAUGUGUUGCAGAACUCAAUUGGCCAAUGCGUACAAGUAUAUUAGUUUUAGCAUGUGUUGUAAUAGGAUUUUUACCACCUGCGACCUAUUUUACGUUUAAAUACCAACAAGUAAAGGUCGUUAGGGCAGCUAGUCCAGCGCUUCUUCGUGUGAUUGCUCUUGGUGCUUUUUUCAUAUAUUGUACAACUAUUGUCAUGUACCCACCACCAUCAAUAUAUACUUGUACAAUACGAGUUUGGCUACGAGAAAUCGGAUUCUCUCUUACUUAUGGAGCGUUAAUGUUGAAGACAUGGAGGAUAUCUGUUAUUUUUCGAAUCCGAUCUGCAAAAACGGUCAUUAUUACAGAUGCGUCUUUGCUAAAACGGUUGGCAUUGUUAUGUUGUUUUGUUGGUGUUGCAUUGUUAGUUAGAACUUUAGUGGCACCCCCUAUCGUGAUUGUUGGCCGAACUGCGGACAAUUUAAAAGCAUUCUUAUGCAAAACUGAUUUUUGGGAUCAUACAUUUACGUCAAUGGAGGUAGUAUUUUUAGCUUGGGGCGUUCGUCUCUGCAUUAUGGUUCGCAAAGCUCCCUCGGAAUUUAAUGAAAGUCGGUUUAUAUCAAUGGCAAUAUACAACGAAUUUCUAUUAACAUGUUUUCUAAAUGUAUCAAUGUUAUUUCUUCAGUCGCCUGCUAAUCCAGAUUUGUUAUACAUAAUAUUCUUUUGUCAUACACAACUCACUGUGUCCCUCUUGUUGGCGUUAAUAUUCGGCAGUAAGGUUUAUAUGGUGCUGCGUGGAGGAGAAAAGGCACACGAUGAGCCUAUGGUAGGAAUAAAAGCAUCUCACACAAAAUUUAUUCAUAGAUCACAAAUAAACAAAUAUGGUAAUAGUACGACUUCAACUGCUCAAGUCGGUGCAUCGGAAAAAAUAACUGACCAAGAAGCUCUGGAAGAAAUAAAAUGUCUUCAAAAUCAGUUGCAGAUUCUUCUUCAAAGAACACCACCAAAUGGAGUUGCAAUAGGCACUAUUUCGUUUUUACUAGAAGUAUUUAAGCAACCACGAUCGAAUCAGUUAAUGUCUACAUUAGACAUUCAAAUGAAUUCUCGAAAAGCAAGCAAAGAAUCUUUAGCCCAUAAAGAAAAUAAAUUAAAUGUAACACAAAUGAUAUCAGAAAAAUAUGUCGUAAACAAUGAAACAGUCAACUCAUCGAAAAUCAAUCAAAAAUCAGUAAAUGAUAAAUCCGAGGAAAAAGAAUUUAAAAAAAAUAAAAUAUUAAUUAACAACGUGGCUACUCAAACUCAUUCCAAUAACGUUGACAUUUCUUUCGACAUUUCAAAAUCAACUAAGUCAAAUAUUAGUUUUGAUGAUCUAGAUUUGAAAUGCAUGUGUAGUGACGAGGAAGAAGAAGAUUGUCAUCAUUAUAUAGAAACAGAAUAUGAUACAGUUUUAGUAAAUCAAUGCUCUGACAUUUACUCUGAAAGUAAGAGCCAAAACAGUAUAAAUGAAAAUAAAAACACAGAAGAAGAUUUACUAAACUCAUGUGAGAAUAGUAAAACUUGCUCCCCCUGUAAUUGCAAUAGAGUUGGUACGUUACACAAAAAAUCUAAAAAACAUAUUUAUCGCAAACAGGAUCGAAAACAAUAUGAAUGCAAGCUAGAUAGUGAAUUGAUUGCUGAAAAACUUCUCAAAUCAAUAAAAAACACAGAUCCUAAUGCAAAGAGUAAUGGACCUCCUCCUGUGCCCCCUAGAAAAUCAUUGAAUAUUCACCCCCCAGAAUACUCAUUUGUUCAAAAGCCAUCUGAAGGAGCAGGCGAAAAACAAAAUGAUUUAUCGAUCAAAAAUACUUUUGAGCGUAUGGAUAACUUAAAUCAGGCGCCAGUUAAAAAUAAAAAAUCACCUGAAAAACGAAUGAUCUUAGAUUUGAAUGAUCGAUCAAAAUAUACAGAAGAAAUUUCGGUAUGAGAGAAGUGAAAAAAUUAUCAAAAUAAAUGCAA